AUGGUUCGGUCAUAUGUGGUUCUGUUGGCUGUUGCCGUGCAUGCCACCGCCAUGAAGUUACAAGCCAGAGGAGAGAGCACUACUCCCAGCUUAACUUGGGGGGACUGGACCUCUAGCAGUACAACUACAACCACUACUACCUCCACGACGACGACGACUCCUCUUAGCUCGACAUGGGAAGAUUGGACCUCUACUACGACGACGACGACGACGACUCCUCCUAGCUCGACAUGGGAAGAUUGGACCUCUACCACUACAACGACAACGACUCCUCCUAGCUCGACAUGGGAAGAUUGGACCUCUACCACGACGACCACCACCACCACAACCACCACUCCGAGCUCGACUUGGGAAGAUUGGACCUCUACCACUACAACAACGACGACGACAACCACUCCGAGCUCGACUUGGGAAGACUGGACCUCUACGACGACGACGACGACGACGACAACCACACCUAGCUCGACCUGGGAAGAUUGGACUUCUACAACGACUACGACUAAGCCUUCGUCCUGGGUUGACUGGACUACUACGACGACAACGACAACGACAACCACCAAGCCUUCCACCUGGGUUGACUGGACUACUACGACGACAACGACGACCACUAAGCCUUCAACUUGGGUUGACUGGACGACCACGACCACUACCAAACCAGCACCUGUGAAGACCACAACGACCGAACACUGGGUCGAUUGGACCACCUCUACUAUACCUGUCGCCCCAGCUACAACACCUAUAACCUGGGCUGACUGGACUUCUUCUGUUCCUGCUCCCCCUGUUGAGUCUACUCCUGUUAAACCAACUGAGACUUGGGGUGACUGGAGCUCGAGCGUUCCGGUUGUUCCGGCCGAAUCGACUCCCGUCAAGCCAAGCGAAACCUGGGCCGACUGGACUUCAAGCGUGCCUGUUGCUCCUGUUGAGACUACCCCUGUCUCUACCAUCUGGUCAGACUGGACGACUUCAUACACUCCUGCACCAACUACCUAUGAGGUGACUUCCGCUCCAGCGCCCGUCAGCAGCUAUACCAGCGUCGCAUCAGUUGCGAGCACCACAUCUGCUGCUCCUGUCGCCACUUAUACCGGCGCUGCCAGCAACAACAAGCCUGCUGUCGCUCUUAUUGGAGGUCUUGUGGCAUUAAUCGCUUUGGCAUAA